UCUCAUUGUURUCGUCUUUGAAUUGAAGUGACAGUAGCCAAUACUUUGGGCGCAUACCGUAAGAUUGGGUGGUGAGGAGUGAACUUCGGAUGGAACCGUCGACGGARCAACGAAAGGAAACAAAGAAGGAACCGAACRAAUUCAGGUCGGAAGCCAUCAGMAACCGUUCACCUACGAGCACUUUACAGAAACAUUAGAAUCCAGCYAUGGCUGCCGUGAUCGGAAGAGGAUUUGAACGKAUGAUGGGCGAACGCGCGGCUUCGUCGCCAUCCGACGAAGUUUAUGAUCCCAACCACCGAAACAAUGGCACCGGUAUGCAAUCGCCCUUUGCUCUCUACUAUACGGUCACGUUYUUCACGAAYGGGAUUGCGAUMAUYGGCGGGGUGAUUUCCCAGUUCGAUCUCCACCGCAACAACUACUAUGGUUUUGAUUACUGCGACGCCUGGCUGUUCGCCAACGCCUUCUUCGGYGUUCUGCACAUAGGCGCCGCCCUGUACAUUGUGCACAAGAUCCGYGAGCCGWAUCSCUGGAGCGAUGGGUCCUUGGAUGCUACCACCUACGCAGAGGACGGCAAAGGCGGAGUCUAUGCGACAGGAUACCGGUUGCACAMUGGGAAUCCCCUCGAUCUGCGAAACCCAGCGGUCGCGGUUGCSAGCGCAGCAGCAGCAACCCAUGCACAAAGCCCAACAGGCCCUCCCGAUUCGCUCCAUCGAGUUCGGUACACGCUCUGCGAAAACAMGGUAUUUGCGGGCUAYAUCUUCGUCUUUGGUACCUACCUGUGCUGGCAUUUCUUUUUGGACAUGAGGGCGUGCAACCUGGGGAUGGCCUUUGCCAUGCGGUGCGCGGACAUUUUYAUAUGGGCGGCGCCCUGCUCGUUCGUCUUCUCCGUGGCUACUCUGAUGYGGAACCAGGGCCGCAUCUAGCCUGGCCGGGCGCAUCGCGUUGCGACAGCGAUGGAAGGGGCAGAUUCUACAACGCGUGUGUGGCGUUUGGAUGGCCCCAUCGCCUGCCGUUAGCCAGGAGGAGGGCCGAAACUGGAGUCCGAUUCGGAGAUGUUUGUGCUUCUUUGUCCGUCACCGGACACUCCGCGCACUGUGUCAUCGGAAGGAUGGGCGGUUAGGCGAUCCAUACCACAGGUGCGAAUCAUGCACUUUCCGAUGGCCGCACAUWCCGUGCCGUCCCGUGCGCCCUUCGGAACGAUUGUCGCGCGAUGGCUCCGUUGGUCGUUCAUCCAUGCCACAAGGUAUGGAUCGGAAUCGAUGGGCAGCGCGCAGGUGCGUUUCUACUCUGCAGCAAUAURAAGAUGCUAAUGGUAUGCAUUGUGACAAUUCAAUAGAUUCAUGCCGGAGCUGUUCCUAUUGCUGUGUUCCUUGAUAAUUUUAUUGAAGUUAAUAAUGUAAAUACCCUGUAGUACGAGGUUAGUCGCAAAAAUAGAAGCAUACACCAAGU